AUGAUGACUAAGCCAAUAGAAGUCCGAUGGUAUUAUCAUGGCCCUGACAACGAAAUAUAUGGCCCAUAUGCUGCAAAGGAGAUGAUGAUGUGGACUCAGUCCGGAUAUUUCAAUGACUCGCUGCUCAUUCGCACGGAGCACGAAGAAAGAUUUCAUACACUAGGAGAAUGGACUCGUGUAUGUGGAGGAAAGGUCCCAUUCGUUCUCCCUGUUGUUUCCAUGGAGUCUUUGGUUGGUCCAUUGGGUCCUCGUUUGAAUCCCGUCGUGAUUGGCAUGCUACCACCAGGUCUUCCUCCUCCAUUCCCACCGCCAGUUCAUGGCAGAUUCGCCCACUUUAUGCCUGGAAUGCCUCCUCCACAAGCGCAUCAACAACCUCCUAUGACACACAGUUUGCCGCCAUCCGAACCUCUGGAUGCGGGAAGCAGUCUCUCUCAUACACCGGACAGUGAACAGGAGAUGUACAAUCAUGCAAAGGUAAACGGUGAAACGAAUGGAACGUCGCUUGUACCAAAUCUUCGCCAUAUGGCUGUCUCGACAACGGAGCCUCCAGAGAUGGUAUCCGUUUCAACUGGAACGGACACCCCAGUGAUGCGCGAUGCGGCUUGCCAGACCACUCCACUCAUAGUGCCCGCUCAAGAUGCUGCUCGCAUUCUUUCGGAGUUGCUCAACCAGGUUGUCCGUGUGACGUAA